AUGGUUCCAGAGGAGAUAUAUGAGCUUUGUCUGCCAAUCCUCGAAGACGAGUCCACAGAAGAGGAAGCAAAGGUCGAGAAGCUGGAGGAACUCCUACGCCAGAAGCCCUCUUUACUAGGUAGCUCUCUCGAGAACGCGGUCUUGGAUGUUCUGUGGCGUCAUCGCACCUCGACUAAGCCUGACACCUCUCCUCCUUUCCGCCAUACUGUGAUACGCCGUGCCUCCCCAGCUCCCUGGCAAAUCCCGCGUGCAGCCACUCCCCUAUCCCCUUCCUCCAAUUCAGGAACAAGCCCUGCUGCCCCCCCCGGAUUUCCUGUGCCGCGUGGAGGGUUCCCCCGUCCGCCCCGGUCGGUUACCGCAUCCCCCUUUACGUCUCCUCGCCCUUCACCGCGUCUUGCGCUGGCCCAGCCUAUUCCCCACAGUCCAAGUCUCAAUUCCUAUGAGUUUUCGGAUAAUACGUCUCCUCCUGAAAUCUAUGGAGACUACGGAAGUGACAAUGUGGAUUGGCUUGUGAACGACGAUGCCGGGAGUGUGGCCUCGUCAACUGGGUUGAGCGGAGCUGCCCCGGAAUGUGUUGCGCCACCGGAUAUGAGUCCAUAUGAUAUCCUGAGGUCCGUUCUCGGGGAUGGUAGGACAAACGAAGAGAUUGAGCAAGCUCUUGAAGCCAACGGAUACGACUUGGGGGCCACAAUUGCUUCGCUAACGGAACAAGAAAGCGCAAAGGCUUCGACAGCCGGCAAUGGGGCAAGGAUUCUAGUAGGAAAGUCGAUGGCAGCGGACCAUCUUCGCCCUGUCACACCUUCUGGUCAGACACGAAGCCCCGCGGUGUGCAAAUACUGGUUGUCGACCGGACAGUGUCUCAGGGCUGACUGUCGAUUCAGCCACGAUUUAACUAGCCAUGUUUGCAAAUAUUGGUUGUCUGGUAGCUGCCUUGCUGGUGAAGGCUGUCCAUUUUCUCAUGAUCCAUCUGCCUUGGUUGGCGCAUUAACUAUGAACGACCAGAAUGGUGCUAAUAUGGGUGGGCUCGUUGAUAAUUCUCAACAAGCAUACCAGUUACAGGAUAACAAUGAGGCUUUCCCCGCUCUCCAAUCUUCGAAUAUAGAAUCCUGGCUAAGUCCAUAUCAACGCAAGCACGCAGGCCAGUCCCAUGGCACAUCUUCCCCAAAUUUCAGGAACAAGAACAGUGCCUUAGGUCAGGCAUCGCGCCCGCACUCUCGACCAACAAGCCGACAUCAGCAUCGUGAAAUAAAUCCUGCCGCUCCGCCGGUCGAUGAUCCCGAGGCGUUUCCCACCUUGUCCGCCGUCAAGGGUGCCGGAAAGAAACACCAUGGGAAACGCGGACGUGGGAAUCACCGGGACAAUUCUGCACACAAGGAGAACAAUCCUUCAUCCUUGGCUGAUGUUGUCCGCAUGUCUCCCUCUCCAGGCCCCGUUAGUCGCAAAGGUACUCCAAUAUCUAAUCGUACCUCUGCUGCAAGCCACGAAAAUAGUGCCGCAGCCCAAGCAAUCCCUGCCCCUAAACGCAUCCCCUGGCUUGAACCGGGAAAACGUAACAAUCAACAAUAUAUCAAACACCGCUACGAUGCCAUUACUCAUGGUAACGUGCGAAAUAAAUUCUUGCAGAGUGCCGCACAAGCUUGGAACCGAAACGACAUACGUGCAGCCAAAGCCUUGUCCCUCCGCGGACAGGCUGAGAAUGAAGCCAUGCGUCGUUCCCACCGUGAGGCAGCCCGUCAUCUUUACGAUGAGCGGAACAAACAUAUGGGUGGCAAUGAUGACGAGCUGUACGUUGACCUUCACGGCCUGCACCCUGGGGAAGCAAUAGAAUAUCUAGAAAGUGUCCUGGUUGAACAUGCUAAGCUCGGUCGACGAGUCCUCUAUACCAUCACCGGUACCGGCCACCAAAGUAAAAAUGGCAAAGACAAAGUGGGAAAGGCAGUCAAGGCAUGGCUGAGUGAAUGGGGCUAUGUUUUCCGGGAGUUUAGUGUCCCGGGUGAGCGUGGUGGGCAUAUUGGCGGUGUUCUUGGAAUCGACCUGACAAGCUAUGACCGCAGUGUGCUUUCUGCCAAGUCUAAUGGGGAGGGUCCGUCUGGGGAUGGUAAAAGCCCGGCUGGCGAUGAAGGUGCCACGACUGCUGAUAGUUCCGCCCCCCCGGUACUUACUAUGGGUAAGAUUCAGCUGUUAAAGAGAGAUAAUGCUUCUAAGAAAGAAGAAGAGUGA